AUGCUUCAGGACGGAAACGUGAAGGGGGCAAUCAGGAUUCUACUGGGUGAUGAUAAACUCGCGGAAAUAAACCCUCGUACUAUUGAAUCGUUGCGCGACAAGCAUCCCCCAGCACCCGAUGACUGCCAGUUUCCUGCGGACCCAGAUGACAGCAUAACACCGCCCGCAGUCACUCCAGCCGAGCUGAUGGCCGCAGUUUUCAGCUUCCCUUCCGGUUCCGCUGGAGGUGUUUUUGGCCUACGUCCUCAGCACUUGAAGGACCUCCUCAUACGCAAGGAUGAUACACAGAGCGAGUUGUGCUUAGCCCUAACCGACUUGGCUACCAUGGUGUUUAGAAAGAACCUGCCCGAAGAUGUGCGGCCCUAUUUUUUUGGCGCAAAUUUGAUCCCGCUCCUCAAGAAAGACGGCGGGAUACGGCCGAUUGCUGUGGGAGAAACUUUGCGACGUUUGUUUUCGAAAAUUAUUAGCAGGCGCUGUUCUGAUGAAGCAGCCGCGAUGUUCAGCCCUGUGCAGCUCGGUUUUGGGAUACGAGGAGGAGCCGAAGCAGCUGUGCAUGCUGUCCGCAGCUACAUCGAAACGACGCACACAGAAGCCCGAGUGGUCGUUAAGCUGGACUUCCGCAAUGCCUUUAACACACUCCGCCGGGAUACUCUCCUCACUGCUGUACACGCAAACUUUCCUGCCUGCUACCGGUAUAUCUGGCAGUCGUACCGCUAUCCUUCAUAUUUGUCCUGCGGUCCAUCUCAGUUAUCUUCGGAAACCGGCGUACAGCAAGGAGAUCCGUACGGGCCACUAGGCUACGGACUUGGAACAUUGCCGCUGUUUGAAAAUCUAGACUGUGACAUUGCGGUGGGUUUCCUGGAUGAUGUCACGUUGGCCGGACAGGCAGAUAAAGUUAUCGCGGCAAUACGCGCCAUUAUUGCCCGCGGCUUCAAGUUGGGCUUAGAGCUUAACUUAGGAAAAUGCGAAAUCUACAGCAUAGGAAGUUUUACCGCGGAUCGUCUACAUGCCAUUCAGAAAGUCCUGGACGUAUUUCCUGGAAUGGUAGUCGCGAAGGAGGAGGAUUUGGUGUUGCUGGGCGCGCCUUUGACCUCAGCAGCAUGCGAAGUGUUCUUGAGCAACAAAACCGAACAGCUGGAUCACUUCUUGCGUCGACUGAAAAACGUUCCAGCUCAUUUUGGCCUGUACCUACUCAAGAACUGCCUGUUCAUACCAAAAUUGUUGUAUGGACUUCGCACCGCGAGAUGUUAUGAGCACAUGCCGUUAAUGGAAGCAAUGGAUGACACUAUACGCACUGGAUUGUCAUCCCUUUUAAACGUCCGGGUAAGUGAUAUGCAGUGGAGCCAGAUGACGCUUCCAGUAAGAGACGGUGGAUUAGGAAUUCGCACCACUAAAUCGCUAGUUUUUCCUGCCUUCCUGGCAUCGGCGUAUUCAGUGGUCGGCUUGGUUUCCUCGGUCUAUCCGUCAACGAACGAAGCGCAUUUAGCACCCGUUGUGCAACAGUGGACGAUGCUGACAAGAAGUGAGCCUCCGACGGACGGCGCUAGAAAGUUUCAGGCCGCAUGGGACCGUCCGGCGAUCGAUCACGUGGUGUCAACACUGCGAUUAGCCGCCACUAACGAAACGGCAAAAGCAGUGUUACUUGCCGCCUUGAACCGGGACUCUGGUGCGUGGCUUAACGCUCUCCCUGCACCUAGUCUCCACACAUUCUUGCGUGACGAUGAAGUGAGAAUCGGCGUCGCACUACGAUUCGGCCUUCCUGUGGUUGAGGAGCACAUGUGUGUGAAUUGCGCUAGCCACGUGGAAGCAAACGGCCACCACGGUCUAUCAUGUGGAAGCAGCAAAGGACGAUGGUCCCGGCAUCUUGAACUGAAUAACGAAACUAAACGCAGCUGGGAAACCGCGGGUUUUCCUUGUCAGAUGGAGCCAUCGGGAUUGUCAGACAAGACCAAUCAGCGCCCAGACGGCAUGACGCUGAUACCCGUGCGUGAUGGAAAAGCGGUAGUAUGGGACGCUACCUGCUGGGACACCGUGGCUAUGUCGCACGUGAAAGCCAGCUCGAAGAAGUCAGGCAGCGUUGCACAGCUAGCAGAAGACUUUAAGCGGCGGAAGUACGGAUUUGUAGAGGAUAUGGGAUAUAUGUUCUACCCCCUCGCAAUUGAAACGUUUGGAACUUUCGGGCCAGCCUUUGCUGAGAUGAUACGUUUCGUCGAUUUCGAAUAA